AUGACAAUGGGCGUACUAGUAGCCGUCAAUGUCGAUGAAGUAGGUCCACCAACGCUGGAUGUCAUGGAAUUGGUGGCGCUGGUGGUGACGGUGGUAUUGACGGCACCGGUUGAGGACGUUGUCGAAACAGUACUGGUAAUCGCCACCGGAGGUGUGGACGGAGGUGUUUGUGAUGUGGCAAUCGGACUUCUGACAGCACUUGUCGAGUCUGCCGGUGAGUGA